AUGUUUAGACGUAAACCAAAUUUACCAGCCCCACCUUCGCCUCUUUCAUUUAAUGAUAUUCUGUCGGACCUAACACAUUUACAAGCUUAUAAUCAACAACCAAUAGGUGAGAAAAUAGAUAUAUUAGAAAUUAUUAAUAGCGAUAGUAACGGUGAAACAAAAAAUAGUGAAGCAGUGCAAAUGCCAACCUUUUCACCUACUUCUCUCAUCGAGCAUUUGCCCAACCUAUCUGUUUCGUCUUCCUCAUCAAUUCCACAGGAAACACUUGACACUACAUAUAAUCUUUGUACAAAUUAUAUAAAUGUGAAUAACCAAUUAUUAGUAUCUCAUAGAGAUCUUGAUGGGUUAGGAUUGGAGAUCGAAGGAUUGAGGAAAGAAUUAAGCGGAAUGGUGGAAACUUUAGAAAGAAGCGAAGUUAUAGAUUGUGAAGAUAUGCAAGACGGAAAAGAUGAGAAUGAAUAG